UGCCCGGCUGCGGGACGUGGCUGCCGGCGCCCGGCUCUCCCCAGCCGUGUAAUAGCAGUUGACUGGGGAAGAAGGGCUUUAAAUUCAUUUGGUUAACUUGGGCUUGACCUGAGAAAGUUCCCACUUAAACCGCGGGCUGGGGGGAGCCGGGGGGGGGCCCGCAUUCAGCCGCCCGGGACAAUAUCUUUUCUCUCGCCCCGGCAUCGCCGGGGCGUCCCGGCUCCCUUUUCCCCCUCUCGGAUUUUCUGUUCCUCUCUUAAUUUACCAUGAAGGCUAAUUCCAUUUCCAUUCACUAUAUGUCAACCAUCUCAUCUCCCCAUUUUGUAAGAGGAAUUCCUGGGCCCUUUUAAACAAGCCCUUGCGCCAUUCAGGCACAAUGUACCGCUACAGCAUUCCUAAAGGACUAAUGAAUUUAGAAUUAGCAAUUUCUUUCUAGUUGAGUUUAAUGAAUGCAGAUCACUUUAACAGCAUGACAAAUUGCUGGAUGGGGCGAAAUAGACACCAUUUAACCUCCUUUCUCAGCCCCGUUCCCUCGCCCGGCCCGGGCUGCUUUUCCCAGGUAUCUCCUCAAUGCCCCCGGGGGAACCUUGUACCGCUUUGUAGGAGCCCGGUUGGGCGUUUCAAAGGCUCGGCCCCGGGAUUUGGGUCCCCUCUGUCCCCUCCUCGGGUUUCCCCGCGGUGGGGUGGGCAUGGGGUGAAUGGAAGGAGGGCGGCAGGACCCGGUCCGAGCCCCCUGCCGCUGCCCGCAGAGGUGCAGAAGCUCUCCAGCCUGGUGCUGCCGUCGGAAGUGAUCAUCGCCCAGAGCUCCAUCCCCGGCGAAGGGCUCGGCAUCUUCUCCAAGACCUGGAUCAAGGCUGGCACCGAGAUGGGGCCGUUCACGGGCAGGGUCAUCUCGCCCGAGCAUGUGGACCUGUGCAAGAACAACAACCUCAUGUGGGAGGUCUUCAAUGAAGACGGCACUGUGCGGUACUUUAUCGAUGCCAGCCAGGAGGACCACCGCAGCUGGAUGACCUACAUCAAAUGUGCGCGGAACGAGCAGGAGCAGAACCUGGAGGUGGUCCAGAUUGGGAACAGCAUCUUCUACAAGGCUAUUGAGAUGAUUCCUCCGGACCAAGAGCUGCUGGUCUGGUACGGGAACUCCCAUAACACUUUCCUGGGCAUCCCGGGUGUGCCAGGGCUGGAAGAGGAGCAGAAGAAGAACAAGCAUGAGGACUUCCACGCGGUGGAGACGGGGGCCAGCACGACGGGGCGCAUGCGCUGCGUCAUCUGCCACCGCGGCUUCAACUCCCGCAGCAACCUGCGCUCCCACAUGCGCAUCCACACGCUGGACAAGCCCUUCGUGUGCCGCUUCUGCAACCGCCGCUUCAGCCAGUCCUCCACCCUCCGCAACCACGUCCGCUUGCACACCGGCGAGCGGCCCUACAAGUGCCAGGUUUGCCAAAGUGCCUAUUCCCAGCUUGCCGGGCUGCGGGCGCACCAGAAGAGCGCUCGCCAUCGGCCCCCCAAUGCCUCCCUGCAGGCUCACUCGCCGGCACUGCCCGUGCCCCAUCCUGCUUCUUUGGCCCAUCACAUCCCCACCAUGGUGCUGUGAAGCCCUCGGUGCGGCAGCACGUUUUGGGACAGCAAAGACAGAUGCUGAGGCAUGCGAUGGACUAGGGGUGGUUGACCCA